AACACGUCGGGGUCACGCCAAUCAUGUGAAACGCUGGGUCAUGGAUAUAGUCAGACAGGCUAGCGCUAAAUAGUGUAUGGAUCAGUUAAAAGGACUUGCCCUUGUUAUUAACUGUCUCAGAACGUCCAUACAUUGUUUCACGCCUUUUCAUACACGCUUACUUUCUGUAUUCUGACAAUAAUCUAGCGUAACAUGGCUGAACACAGGCGAGUUUGCCUAAUAGGCGCAGGGCCGUGUGGCAUGUCCUUUUUAUAUCAUAAUCAGAAACACAAUGCCGGUGAGGUUGUGUGCUAUGAGAAACAGUCCGACUGGGGUGGAUUGUGGAACUACACAUGGAGGACAGGUUUAGACGAGUAUGGAGAGCCUUGUCAUGGAAGCCAGUAUCGGGAUCUUUGGUCCAAUGGCCCUAAGGAAUGCGUGGAAUUUCCAGAUUACACAUUUGAGGAUCACUUUGGGAAGGUUAUCCCAUCUUUUCCUCCGCGGGCUGUUUUACAAGACUAUUUGGAAGGUCGCUGGAGAAAAGCCAACCUACGGAGUCAUAUCCGGUUCAACAUACUGGUUAAGAACGUCACUUACAACAAGGAAACUGACGAUUUCACUGUCAUAGUGAAGGACCUCGUCAAUGACAAGGAACUCCCAUCCGAGAGGUUUUCUCAUGUCAUCGUGGCUAGCGGUCAUUUCUCGGUCCCUAAUGUGCCCGAAUUUGAUGGAAUAGAUACCUUUCGAGGCAGAAUUCUUCAUUCACAUGAUUUCAGACGAGCUCAUGAGUUCAAGGGUCAACGGCUUCUUAUAGUCGGCGCGAGUUACUCCGCUGAGGAUCUAGCAAUGCAAUGCACGAAGAUGGGCUCUGCUAAUAUCAUUACCUGCUGGCGUACCAAACCUAUGGGGUUUAAGUGGCCAGAAGGAAUAGAGGAACGUCCCCUUUUGACCAAAAUCGACGGAAAUACAAUUAAUUUCAAAGACGGGACUAAAGCUGAAGUAGACGUCAUAAUCCUUUGUACCGGGUAUUUGUACCACUACCCUUACCUUUCCGAUACCCUACGUCUUAAGACGGGACUUCGAUUGUAUCCGCCUGGGUUAUACAAGGGGACGGUAUGGAUGGGUGAUGGCAACAACAAGCUGAUGUACCUUGGCAUGCAAGAUCAGUACUACACAUUCACGAUGUUUGACAUUCAGGCCGAAUGGGCAUGUGCAGUAACUAGAGGAGAUAAAAAGCUGCCUAACCGUACUGAAAUGGAGUUGGACAUGAAAAAAUGGCUGGAGGAAGAGGCCUUGCUGAAGAAUUGUUACGACCACAUCACCUUCCAGACGGCGUUUGUUUGUGACCUUGCAAGAGAAGUAGGCUGUAAAUACAACCUAGAUGUCGCUGCCCUAUUUAACAAAUGGGAGGACGAUAAACACAGUAAUGUUGUGACAUACAGGGACCAUGCAUUUACAUCCGUUUUCACUGGUACUCCGGGAAUAAAACACCACACACCCUGGAUUGAAGCAUUUGAUGACUCCCUGGACACAUUCGUCAAUCAAACACCAAACAAAUAGCUUAAAAAGGAAAAGCAAUCGAUUGUGUUUACUUUUUUUGUAGUAACGGAAGGUUUAGUACCAACUUGUAUAUAAUGAAGUACAAUACAUAUCAUGUAAUCGGACAUUUACGGUCACGGACAAAAUUCUCCCAAUUGACUAACUAGGCGUUGUUAUGUUAUAAACCCGACCCGCAAAAGAGUUUUUUUUGUGCUAUACGUUUUGGGAUUCGCAGAACGAUAUCAUAUAAAUUUGUUUUCAUACAAAAUCAUACCAAACAUAAACGGAUUUUGAGCUUGUGCUAUACAAUUGCAGAUAUAUUUUAGUUGGCUCUGUAAGGCAUACACACAUAGGAAGAUAUUAACCAGGUAACAUAGGACUAGUUAUAUACUGUAAAGUAUUUUAGAGUGGCUUACGUUAGCUAGAUGGGGCGCUUUAUCGAAUGUUAUUAUUAUUAGUGUUAUGUAUACUGAGCACGUUUUGGUACAACAUGAUCAUAAAUGAGAAUAUGUUCAAAAUUGAAAUAGAGGCUUUGAAAGGUAGAUCGCACCUGAGCCUGGGACAGACAUAAUUAGUCACCAAGUCAGAAAUGUGACGCUAUAUUAUGUCGCCUAUUCAAAGCGUGGCCAAUUUAGUUUACAAAAUCCAAUAUAAAAUGCAUACACGUCAUAUGAAUCUGGUAUUUCAAGCAACAUGUGUUUGUUGGAAUCCCUAUGAGAUGCACUUGUAGCAGAGUUUGAAAUUUGACGCCACCGUGAGGGAAAUGUAACGGCGGCAUGCUAUAAGCAUUGUCAGCUUACUUGUGCCAAUACCAGUUAUCUUCAGUUUAGUCGUGCACAUUUCAAGCUACCGAAUUGUUAAUACUAGACGAAUGCAGAUCUUAAUAUGCACAGUUUGGUAUCUAAAUAAUCAUAUUUUUUUCUUUACGUAUGAACAUGAAACAUUUACGUUAGAAUUAGAUAUACUAUCGCUUGCUAUCAGUUUGGUUUGGAUAAGAGUGUCGAACACAUGUCGGUGACUUGUAAAUGCAUACUAGCAGACUUAAAUUGGAUUCUUCAGAAGUUCUAAAAUAACUUUAUGUAUUCGUUUUAUCUGCUAUCAAUACAUUGAUCAGUAUAUAUUUUGUGUCUGCAUCUACUCAACUAUGCGGUAGUUGAUGAAUUAUAAAUUCAUAAAUCGCAAUAAAUUCAUGAUUAUAUCUCAGAUAACUAUAAAUAGGUCUAUAUACCAUGGAUGUCAUACGUAGGGAGUCCCAUAUGUUUACUGGAGUGCUAUCAUCAAGGUUUACCGACACAUAUCCAGUACACAGCAUCUGUUUGAGUUACACUUGAUGUGUUUAUGCAUAUUUUGGUGGCUACGGCAUGGUAUUGUAUCGUGGUCGCGCUAUCUCAAGGAGGCAAAUACAUCAACGUGUCUUGUCAUCUGCGGUCAUACACACACACAUUGCAAAUAUUGGACACGUCCUCUACAAUUCGCUAUAUAAACAUCUUACACGAUUAACUGCCUUAUUGUGAUCUUAAACCUUCAAACACGAAUUUCAUUAAAACGAAUUAGCAAAAUUAAUGGUCUGAAAAAACAACAAGUUACUCACAACUCAACCUAACGUAGGUUCAUGUGCAACAAGCAGAGCAGACUGCAGAGAGAAAGCUGUCAUCUCGCAACUACGUACAUGUAACACAUAGUUACAUAUUACAUUUCAUGAUUGAAUGCGCUAAUUACCCAAAAUAAAACUUGACAGAUUAUAUAAUGCAUUAUCAAUGAAAAGUUUGUAUGUUAAAUGUGAUUAUUUACACUACAUUGAUCUUUAUAAUAAAAUCGGAUAUCUC